ACACGGAUGCUUUGCUGGCCAAACACACGCCAUCUGAGGCUCUCUCUGCGCUGGGUCUGUUUCCACCACCCGCUGCCCAGGGUACCAUGGAACAAAAUAUCACGGCACUCCCACCAACCACAGUGGCAAAUUCCAGUAAGAUCACAGUCACCACGAAGACCCAUCACCUGGCCUCUGCUGUGUUGCUCUUUAUCACCUUCCUGGUGGGUGUGGUGGGGAACGGGCUGUACCUGUGGGUGCUGGGGCUGAAGAUGAGGAGGACAGUGACCACGCUCUGGUUCCUUCACCUGGUCUCCUGCUACCUCCUCUUCACCCUGCUAAUCCCGUUCUUUGCCAUCUACGUCCUCGUGGAUUUCCACUGGGUCUUUGGCAUGGCCAUGUGCAAGCUUCUCAAUGCCUUCAUUUCCAUGGGCAUGUUCUCCUCUGUCUUCCUUCUGACACUCAUCAGUCUGGACCGCUACACCCUCACUCACCACCCCAUCUGGUCCCGGAAUCACCGCACCCUGUCCCGAGCUUGGAAGCUGGUUGUGGGCGUGUGGCUGGCCUCCUUUGGUCUCAGCACUCCCUACCUGGCUUUCCGGGAGACCCAGGUGGUGGACGGGGGCAGAAUCAUCUGCAUCAACAAUUACACCCCCUCCGGAGACCGGAAUGGAGCUGAGAUGCAGAACCUGGACAGAGAGGUCCACCUGGCCGUAUUCGUGGUCCGAUUCCUGCUGGGCUUCCUGCUGCCCUUCUGUACCAUCGUGGGAUGUUAUGUCCGCGUGGGGCUGAAGAUGAAAGAGAAGAAGUUGGCUUGGGCUGGGAAGCCCUUCAAAGUCGUGGUGGCUGCAGUGCUUUCCUUCUUCCUCGGCUGGCUCCCCUACCACCUCUACCACGGCUUGAAGCUCUACAAGAAGGCGGUGCCAGAGUCAGUGACGGGUGCUCUCAUGGUCAUUUACACCUUGUCAUCCUGCUUCAAUGCCUCCUUCUCCUCCAUCCUCUACCUCUUUGUGGGGGAGAAGUUCUGGCAGGUCUUCAGGAAAUCUCUUCUCACUCUGGUCAAAGAGGCUGUUGUCGACGAUCUAGGCAGCAGUACUGCUGAGUCUAGUGAAAGACAGGGGUCAGAAGUCUAGAACACAAAACAGGAGAUGGUCUGAAGGUGCCCAGACUUAGGGAGAGUUGAAAACUUGCCAUCCUCUUUGUUCCUAGAUUCCUGCUUGUUCUGAAACCUGAUGGGUUCCAGGUAUCUCAAUGUUUAUAAACCCCAGUGUCCCUGGAUUCUAGAUUCCCUGCUCUCUCCAGAAUCCCAUAUGUUCUAGGUCUCUCAAUUUUUUCAAACUCAGUGGGUCAUCAGUGGCACCAGAUUGCUAGCCAGCUCCAGAAUCUUGUUGGUUUUAGGUCUCUCAAUGUGUUCUAACCUAAUUGACUCUCUUGGAUUCUGCAUCUCUAGGUGGCUCUGGAAUCUCAUUUAUUGUAAGCCAUUCAGUAUGUUCAAACUCAAAGUCUACUGUGUCUAGGUCCCUGACUGGAUCUAGGACAUCACUGGAUUCUAGAGUGUUUUCAAACCACAUAGAAUCCAACAGCUUCCAGAUUGCUUGCUAAAAGUUUCAUCCUGGUUCUAGAUUUCCAAAUGGUUUAACAUCCAUUAGGUGUAGUAUAUUAUAGAAGAGUCUGUGUAUUAUAAUAGUGAUAUCUAGGUCUUCUCUAGUGCUUGUCAUCCGUAGAUCUCAAAGAACUUUACCAAAGAGGUCAGUAGCAGUCUUCCAGUUUUUACAAAUGGGGAAACUGAGGCACAGAGUGGGGAAGUGACUUGGCCAAGGACACCCAGUAGAACCUUCGGCCUGUCCAGUGGCAGAACCUGGAACAAACCCAGCUCUCCUGUGUCCUGGCCCAGGUCUCUAUCCAUUCUGGGCUCUCUGGGACAUGGACUGUCUUUUUGCUCUGUGUUUGUACAGUGCCGAGCACAUCGGGGUCCUGGGCCAGGGCUGGGGCUCCAAGCUCUGCUGAAAUAAAGAAUAGUAAUUAUUAAUAAUUCCCAGGUUUUGCUUGAACUACGUAGUUUCCAUAAGUUUUUUUGUGGCAGCUCUGAAAUAAUUUCCAACACCAUGUGACCCGAUCACUGGGAUAUUUCAUGUGGGGAGGUUGUGGCUUAGUUUCAGAGCGGCUGGUAAGGAAAACAAGUCAGUAGAAUAAAGAGCUGCUCCAGAGAAACCACCUGCCCAUGGUCACUUCAGGAUGGUGAAGAGGUAACGUCCAAGCUAAUAAGAGUGACGCUGUAUGGAAUAUGGGUGAUCAUUCAUAAUGUUAUGGAUACAAAAUUGCAAUGGAACAUACCAGAUAUGCCAUGUAAGCGAUCAGUGGGAAAGUUAUCAUUUGAUAAAUAUGAUCAGCUUGUUUAUGUGUAUGUAUCAUCUUUGUAUUGUGAGUUGUAAAGAUGUGUGGUAUAGUGAUAUCUCAGACCUGUGCUGUGUAUCUGGGUGACAGCCCCAGACAGCUUGCAUCAGCCCUGUCCAGCCCGUUGGAUGAGCCAUGAAGCAUUUGCUGGCAGUGUGGCAUUUUGGGUAAGAUCCAAACCAGUAUUGAUCUGGGAAUGUGGCUGGCCCUUUGGGGAUCAGAAGAACAUUUUGUGUAGUGAAUAGAAUUUUAAGUAACUUCUCACUUUACUGGACCUAUUUGCUGACUGGGAGCCUAAGAUUGGAAUGCAAUAAAGGGGGCUGUGGGAUUUCUUCUUCUUCUUUUUUUUUUUUUUGGCUUCUUGAUCACCAGUGUGGCGGAUCAGGAGCACAGCUUGUGAGUGGUUGGUGAAUCUAACUACAGUGUUAACCACCAGGUUUGGGAUAAACUGCUCUCCUUUUUGCUGCCCACCCUGACCUUGGCAUUUUCAGUGUGGGCUGCCCUCUGCACCUCUAGUCACAGGUUACGGUAACUGUGAAGGUCUCACCUGCCAGCUCCAGCUAAGUUACAAAACCUUGGCCAAGGUUGGGGGGCAGCAGAUCCAAAAGAUGAUAAAGAGUUAAAAAGAUCCUCCCGAUUCUCCAUCACUGGCAAUUUUUAAAGCAGGACUGGAUGGUAUUUCUAACAGGUCUGCUCUAGUUCAAAUAGGGACUAAUUCAGGGAUGUUCUGAAUCAGGUCAGACUAGGGCACCACCAUGCUGCUUCUGGCCUUAGAAUCUCUGAUUCUAUCCAGAGGUCAGGCAGAUGUUGUUGGGGUACCUUACCAAUUGUCACCUGGACCCACUGGGGUAUCUGAGGAAGCCAGGCCUGUGUGGGCCACCAGCCCCAGGUGGAGGGCUGUAGGUAAGUUAGACAUGCACAUAGCCCCUCUGUGUUAAACAUCUUUUCCCAUUGCUACUGUUCAGCGGAAACAAGACGGCCAAACAUGACAGAUACCGUCCCUCGCUGAUUCAGAAUUUAAUAGGAUCUUAUGGAUUCUAGGAAUCCUGGCCAGUUCUUACCCUCUUGGUCCCAGGUCUGUCAGGGUUUUGAAUGCAAUCUGAUCUGAUGUGGGCUAGAUUUAGACAUCAUGUUUUCCAAGCCACUUUAUGUUUCAAAAGCCGAUAGGAUCCUAUGCAUUCUAGGUAUUUGGCUGGUUCUUGAACCUCUUGGGUUCUAGGUCUGCCAAGAUUUAAAAACCCGAAGAGAUCCUAUGUGGUUUUGAGCAUCCUAGUUUCCAACCUCAUACCUGACAUCCUAGACCACACAGGACCAGUUUGGGUUUAAAAUUUUUUGGUCAGAGCAAGAACCCAAAAGGUUCAAGAAUCACUCAAAUGUCUAGAACUCUUGGGAUACUAUUGUGUUUUUAAGUGUGUGUGUGUGUGUGUGUGUGUAUACAUAUACGUAUGUAUAUAUAUAUAUAUAUAAUAUACACACACACACACAACAGCACUGCAUUAGUUCUAGAUAUCUGGCUUGUUCUUAAACCUCUUGGAUUCUAUGUAUAACAGUGUCUUGAAACCCAAUUAGAUCUGACAAGGUCUAGUAACUGAAGGGUUCCAAGUACAGGGAACCAUGUACUGACUUGAGACACUUUCCAACAGGCCUGAUGUUCACAAAGCGUUCAGCUCCUUCUUCUGGAAAAUCAGGCCUCUUUAAUGGUGUUCAUCUGGGACCCCCCCCCCACCCCCCCAAAUAGAAGCAUAACAAAUAAUCACCAAUUAUUUUGGAAUAUUAAGCCUGUAAGGCAAUAGGGCCUGGAGCGAACAGGCCAGCUCCUCGGCCAGUGUAAAUCAAUGUAGCUCUGUUGACUUCACUUCAGAGUUCUUGGGCUCUUCUCCUGCUGCUGGGAGACGAGUGGGCUCUAGCAGGUUAGCGUGGGGGGGCUAGGAGCCAGGACGCCUGGGUUCAAACCCCAGCUCUGUGAGGAAAUGGUGUUUAGCAGUUACAGUAGACUUAGUGACACCAAAACAUUUAAUGAAUUAGUGUCAGAUUUGCCAAAUUGUUUUGCUCAACCACCAAAAAGCCGACAUUUUCAAAAUAAAACACUGUGAUGUUCUGAUUCCAAACAGCUUUGCUUGAAAUUUGUUUAAUUUGUUUAUUCAUUUAAAAUGUGUAAAAA